AUGGCCAGCCCUCUGCAGAGCGCUGCCACAGGAGCUGGAAUCGACGCCACCACGGCUGAACCCGCCAUUCGCCACAUCGCCGUCCGCCUGCCUCCCUUCUGGCCGCAGAACCCCACAGUCUGGUUCCUGCAAGUUGAGUGCCAGUUUUCCCUGGCAAGCGUCACCAACCAGCUGACGAAGUUCCGCCACGUCGUGUGCGUGUUUCCGCCAGACGUCGCCGCUCAGAUCGCUGACGUCCUUGGCGCUCUUGCUGUUGCUCCGUACGACGCUUUGAAGGCGGCCAUCCUUGACCGAACGACUGCGUCCGAGCGCAAAAGGAUACAUCAACUCCUAAUCGCAAAAGAACUCGGCGAUCGCAGACGAAGUCAGCUUCUGCGCGACAUGCAAGCCUUACUCGGUGAGCGCGCGCCGACGUUUGACCAGGCUCUCUUGAAGAAGCUUUUCUUCCAGCGCCUUCCCGCCAACGUCCAGAUGAUACUGGCCACAGCCUCCGACUUGCAGCUUCCACAAUUGGCGGCGCACGCUGACAAGAUAAUGGAGGUGUCCACCCCGCACAUCGCCGCUGUUUCCAACGCCGCACCCAGCAUCGCCGAAGUCCUUUGCGUACCACCCAAGCUUCCACCUCACACCCGGGUGUUGCACCGCCACAGUUCGCCAGCGCACUCGAUCCAGUUGCGCAGCUGCGUGAGGAUUUCACCCGUCUAUCCGAGCUGA